GGAUAUUAUACCGAACCAGACCCACACCCAGUUAGUGCGAAAUUCAAAUGAAAAUAUUUCUCAUUAAGUCAGUGUAUGAUUUUACACUUAAUUUCUUGGGAAAUCGUACUUAGGGAUUUAACAUCCUCAUCAGGAUGGUAGUUUAAAUUAUAAUACAGAAUCCACAUCACUCCAUUAAAUCAGGUGUGGGAACUCAGUUGCGAUCAGUAGUCCCUGCUCAAAAGUAAUGAUUUUAUUGACCAUUUAGUUUCAUUAAAUUACGUUCGACGCAUGGAACUAUCAAAAUAAUGCAUAAUGUAAAUUUUAGCAAGCUUUUUUUAUUGAUAUUCAGUUGAUCCAUACAUAAUGAUUCAGUUUAGAUUUUUUUUGGUUAAAUAUUCUUGUCUUGUCAAAUUAUGGGUUAGAUCCCCAUCUAAUAGCGUCAGACUUAUUUUGAUUUGUGAAACGUCCACUUUACUUUUCUUUUAUGAAUAGGAACAGGGGUUUAGCCUUACUUGGAACGGGGACUUUACAUGCUUGGCCAGAAACGCUUAAAGAUUUGCAGGUAGUUUUGGGUAAUACAAGAAUUGUUGAUCCAACAUUGAUGGAUGACACUGCUUAUCGACACACUUACUGGGCGGCUUUUGCUACAGGAUUGGGUGCUGUUUGGCAUGAAUUAGGUCAUUGUUUCGGACUGGAACACUACCCCCAGGGUAUAAUGUUUCGUGGUGAUGAUAUUAAUUUAUGUCUUGGAUUUCCACCUCCUGAUUCUGUUUGUCCACAUGAAUCCAAUAUGAAUGGUAAAUCUGUCCAAGCUACAGAUCGAUAUGGUAGUUCGAAUCCUGAUAAUAGACAUAGAAGAGACCUUUGUCAAAUUCAACCCCCGAAGUCAAUGUCCCGUGCUAUACAAUUUCAUCGCAUAGUGCAAUUUCAUCCAAUAAAGUCUCGUUUACAUUCCUCGGAUCAAACCACAAAUGAAGAAAUGAAAUUUAAGCGAUGGGGAUUUUGUAAGUCUUUAUGGCAUCAAGGUUCUGCUUUUUGGGGAACAAAGGCACUUUCAAAGCUACUUUCAUGUCCAUGGAUCAUCGAAACUCCAACUUUAGAUGAAGACAAACUACCUGUUCAGAAAUGA